AUGUUCAUCAAUUCAAGAUAUCCUGUUUGUUCAAAGAUUUCACUAGUUCCUACUUGUUCGAACCCUCGCUUAUUCAAUGCUUCAUUUUUAAAGUCGAAUACUCCUUUAUUUGUGCAGCGAAGGUUGUAUCAUGGAUUCAAUACGCUAGGUUUCAUUCGUGGCUUACAGGAGGUCGGCAUUGGCACACAGAAAAGAAAUGCAGAGAUAUUUACGAAUACCAUCUCUAAAAUAUAUGCAGAUUCUCAUAAGAAGAUGAGUGGAUAUUUGGUGACGAAAGAACAACAAGACAGGGUUAUGUAUCAACAAAAAGUUGAUUUUGCUCAUUUACGUAGUGAGCUACAAAGUAUUGAGCGUCAAGAAAUGGCCUCUUUGCACGCACAAGCGGGACAGCUAUAUUCAGAUAUUGAACGCUUAAGAACAUCCUUUCGUGAUCAGCUUAAUAAUUCUACGGCAGAGGCUAGGUUACAGCUGAGCAUUGAACGUUUAAAUCACUAUGAUGAGGCUUCUUUACAGGAGCUCAAACUUCGAGAAUUAUCUGCAGAAAUUGAUACAGAAAUGUCAAACUUCCGAACCCAGUUAGCCACUUACAAAACACAAACUCUUCAGUGGCUGCUGGGAAUUGUUACUGGAUCGGGUGCUUUGCUUCUCGCAUAUGCUCGUUUAAUUAUUUAA